UAGAAGAUUUAAUUAUUCCACUUGAAGAGUUAGAACCACUUGAAACUUUAUAUAUUUCUAAUAGUAGCCUCCAAUUAACCCAAUAUUCUAACCCUACCAAUAUUACUUACUUAGAAGAUAGUUCUUUUAGUGAAGGAUCUAUAUUAUAUCAAUUACCUAUUAAUACUUCCCCACCUGAGUCUGUAGUUUUAAAUCCUAAUUUUAGUGCACCCCAUGAAUCAUUUGGUUUUGAAACAGAUCAAAUUCUUGAUCAGAUUGAUAUUGAAGCAAACCCUACUGAAGAAACAACUUUUAUCAAAAUAGAGAUUCCAAAAGAAGAUCCAGAUCAGAGCCUCGAAAUUAUAGAAGAAAUCUAUCUAGAAGUCAAGAAAGGUACAGAAGACAUUUUCAAGAUUAUAAUCGUUAUGACAGAAGCAGAUCUAGAGAUUAUAAUCACUAUGAUAGAAGCAGAUCUAAAA